CUUAACUAUUUGGGGACACAACGCAAGGGCUUAACGUUGCCGCCUUUGCAGCGAAGGUAGAGAGAUGGGGAAGAAAGCAAAGAGCUCAAGGAAAGGGAAGAAGGCAUGGAGAGCCAACAUAAGUACAGAGGAUAUUGAAGAUUUCCUUGACAAUUCCACAAAGGAUGCUCUUUCCGGCGGUUCACUCGCUCAAGUUCCUAGCGAUUCUCUCUUUUACGUUGACAAAUCCAGAGAUCUUUCUGUCAAACGGAAAAUUGAAAAACACCGGGAGAAAGUACUUCGAUGUGAUAGUAUGCUACAGAGCAAUACCUUUGUUGAACCUGUACCUUCUUCAACUGGGAAAAAGUCCAAGAAGAAAAGUAAAGUUCAGAUAGCUAAAGAUACUGCUCAACAGGGUCAAAAGGAUUCGGCUGGUGGAGACUCUGGCAUGGUUGACAUUUGGGAUGAUAAAGGUGAACUGGUCAUCAAAACCAAAAAGAAGCCCAAGACUUCUGUUAUACCUGCCGUGGAAGUUGAGCCUCCAGGAUGCUCAUUCAAUCCGCCACCUGAAAGUCAUCAGGAUGCAUUAGCUUGUGCUGUUGCAGAUGAAAUGCAGAAAAUUUAUCGAAAUGAAUUGGGGCCGGAGCCUAUUCCAUUGAUUGUUCCUGGAGAAGCAGUUAAUGAAGAAGAUAUGUAUUUCCUUGAAGCGGAUAGUGGCAGUGACAUGGAGAAUGAAAAACAAGUGGAAGACGGAAACACAGAUCUGGAGAAAAGGCCUCAAAAGCCCAAAAUGGUGACACAAGUUGAGAAGAAUCGACGGGCUAGACGCAAAGAACAGUUGAAAGCACAAGCUGAAUCAACAAAAGCAGCACAGCUCUCCAAAGAAAUUGAUAGCUUACCGGAUAUAAUUCAAGAAAUAGAGAGAGAGGAAGGAGAAAAACAGAAAAGACAUCUACGUCGUGUAACUGCUAAAAAAGAAAGACUAAAAUGUUGUCCGCCACGCUUGGGAAAGCGCAAAUUCCAGCCUGCUCCUGCUCAGGUCUUAUUGUCUGAAGAGAUUACUGGUUCCCUCCGUAAAUUGAAGGGAUGCUGCACCCUUGCAAGAGAUCGGUUUAAAAGCCUGGAGAAAAGGGGACUAGUUGUUCCUUCAAAAAAGAGUAGCAGGUUAGGAAAGAUCCUUGUUGUUUGA